CACGCCGCGGUGCCCAGACUGCCGACUCGUGGUGAUGAAUCAGAAACGAGACUGGAUUGAUGAAUCAGUUCACUGAGCGGCGCAACCAGUCCAGUAGCAGCCAGUACUGCUAGUUCCAGACUUCCAGUUUGCUACGAAAUUUUAUCCCUAAAAAAAAAGGGAUUGUAACACGAAACGCUACGUGGCAGGGCAUGCUGCGGUCCAGGUGUACAUCGUCGAUCAGCACGCGCCAGAUCCCAUGGUCUUUUUUGUUUUUUUACCGGACACGUCCAGUCCCAUCGUUGUUCUACCUGGGCUCCAAUCAGAGAGCCCCGCCGACCUGGUGCACCGUAGAUUCGAGCACUUGUACAGGUAGAACCAUACGUGUAAUAAACAACGAGCUAACGGCUAACGAACUAAAAAUUCCCCUCCUGUUUAGUCCUAUUUAUAGCCCCGUCCAUGAUCCAUUCCAUCCCAACUCAUUAAUUCCAUUCCAUCCGCAUCUUCAUAGCAGUCCGUACUACACAAAGUCCUCUAGAGCUUCUGUCCCGCUCCAAUUAAGUUGCUGUCUCAGCGUUCGUGCUUCCUCUUGCUUUGCCAACAAUGGAAACCAUCUCCCCGAAGAAGAAGACAUGUUCCGUGACUUCCGUCGACAGCGACACCAGGUUCGAGACAACUCCGAAUCAAGGACACGAGGAGGAGAUCGUAGAGCUAGGCGACGACGUACUAACCGAGAUCAUCCUGAGGCUGCCACUCGACUCCGUGGCCCGCUCCAAGUGCGUCUCCAAGCACUGGUCCGCCGCCGUCUCCGACGACUACCUCCGCCGCCGCCUCCCCUUCCACAUCUCCAUGCUCUGCUUCCCCGACAACGACGACGACAGCAAUGGCGGCAAGCCCGUGUUCUACGCCUGCGCCGGCGGCGGCAGCACGCUGGAUCCCCUUGACGACCUGGGCUCCUUCUUCCCUUGGCACGAAUCCUCCGUUAUCUGCGACGGCAGCAACGGGCUCCUCCUCUGCCGCUCCCCAGACUCAUCCCUGUUCGUUAUCUCCCCGGUGACCAAACGCUUUGCGGCCCUCCCGAAGCCCGCGAAGAGCGCCGUGCUCUCCGUCCUCGCCUUCGACCCGCUGAGCAGCUCAUCCCCGUCGACAUACCACGUGGUGAACUUCACCGGGUGGCGCGACCGUGGCGCCGCGGUGGAGGUGUACUCAUCGGAGACGCGCGCGUGGACGGCCCACGAGGCGGGCUUCGGCGCCGUGCCGUCCGCGGCCCUGUCCGGGACCAUGCACUGCCACGGCGGCAGGCUCUUCGUGCUCGCCUCCGGCCCAGGCCUAGGCUCCGGCCCGGGAUGCCUCGUCUGCAUCGACCUCGCCCCGGCCCAGGCCGAGCUUGCCUGCGCCAUCAUCGCGCUCCCCGAGAGCGUGGCCUCCGACGGCCGCUUGGCGAGCUCUGGCGGCCGGCUCCACUACGUGUGCGGCGGCGAGGACGGGUGUCUCAAGGUCUGGGCGCUCGAGGACGAAGGCGCGGGGAAACAAUGGCGCCUGAAGCACGCCGCGAGAGUCGUCGCCGUCGCCGGAGACGAAGGCGAUGUCGUGGGGGAGGAGGUGAGGUUCUUGGCGAUGCACCCGGAGAAGGAGGCGGUGGUUUACCUGUGGACGCCGUGGAAGGUGGUGGAGUACGACCUCGGGAAGCGGGAGCUCACCGGCGCGGCGUGGGAGUUGGGCAGCAAGAGGAGGAGCCGCCCCGUCAAGACGUGGCUCGUGCCGGCAUCGUGCUACCUCUCGGAUGUCUUGCUCGGCUGAUCAGAUGGUUGGUUCAGUUCGACCGUCCCGUCAAGAGAGCAGAGCACCUGGUUGAUUUGAUUUGUUUGUUCAAAUUCGUUCUAAUUUCACUCCUGUAAAUUCUUUUUUACGUUAAUCUUUUUUUGCCCUGUGAAAACCAUGUGUAGCUGUAUAUACUUGGGCGUGCUGUAUAGGAUUGUGCAACGAAGAAGUACGGAGUAGUAGGGAGGCACAUUAAAAUUGCCUCGAUCGGUGUAUUGAUUUGAACAAACCGGACUGGAUUUUUUUUUUUCAAAAAACAGUGUGUCGUUACUCUCGAAAGCUGGCGAAAAGUCAGUGCCAAAAAGAACGUUCCACGUUUGGUUA